GAUAUGUUGCACAGCCUCGACCAAACGAUACCCCAACGAUACGAAACAUCAACAUCACACACAUGGCAUCGAUGCGGUAAAUACACCCUAAUACCAUCACAAAUGUCCGUAUAAAACUGCAUUUAAUUUUCUUUACCGUUUCAUUGUAUUCGCUUUCGUUUCGUCAUUUUAAAAGCAGCAUCAGUCUGUGUUAACUAUCGGACGUAGUUACAUAUUUCCUAAUCCUAAUGAGUGUUCUGAAAAGCUCCUUUAACAACUGAAAGCGACGUUUAGCUCUUUUGUUGCGUGGUUGGUUAUAUAGGUUUAUCAGCAAGUCAAUUAGCCCCUGAGAUAGCCGAAAUGGCCAGCAGCAACAUUGUAGACAUGGAUCCAGAUGUUGCUCGGAGGCUGUUUGAGGAGGGGGCUACGCUAGUGCUGCUGGAUGUUCCUCUGGGCACAGAGCUGGGGAUUGACUGCAAGAGUUGGCAGGUGGGUCCCCGCUUCAAGGGAGUGAAGAUGAUCCCCCCAGGCCUGCACUUCCUCCACUACUGCUCUGCUAACUCUCCAAGCUGUGGAGGAGAAAUUGGCCCGAAGACAGGCCUCUUCGUCACUCUCAAACCCAAAGACAUCCUGUUGGCCAGAUGGGAUCCAAAAGAAGAAGACCUGGACUUCUCACCCUCCCAGGACGAAGAGGAGGUGAGCCGGAUCAGGGCUAACCUGCAGGACCUGGAUCCCCACCUGGGGCCCUAUCCGUAUGAGGUGAUCAGGAAGUGGGUGUCCCUCACUGACCGGCUGAGUGAGGAGGUGGCCAAAAACCUGCAGCCCCUUUCAGGUCGAAUAUGUGCCUUCAGUGACGUCAUCCCUGAGGUUCAACUCACUCACACCAAAGACAGGGCGGAGCAGCCGAGGAAUGACACGGCCUGUCAGAGCAUGAAGGAGGGACUCGAGAAGCUCCCCAGGAUGAAGCCGAGGGAGGGCACAGAGUUUCGUUUCUCUGUUAUCCCCGAGAAGAAGUACCCGGCUGGGGCUACACCUGAACAGAUCACCCAGUGCAGCCUGGACCAGAGCUACGCCCUGGAGUCUGUGCUGGAGAAGAACCAUCAGCUACAGCCCCUCAACUUGCUAGGGGAGAUGCAGUUUGCCUUUGUGUGUUUCCUGAUUGGAAAUGUAUACGAGUGCUUUGAGCACUGGAAGAGUCUCCUGUCCCUGCUGUGUCGAUCAGAGGAGGCGAUGCGAAAGCGUAAGGAGCUCUACCUGGGGCUCAUCGGCGUGCUUUACCACCAGCUGGGAGAGAUCCCGCCGGACUUCUUUGUCGACAUCGUGUCUCAGAGCAACUUCCUCACCUCCACAUUGCAGGACCUGUUCCAGUUUGCCAGUGGACCCGGUGUCGACGGCACGCUGCGGAAGAGAGCAGAGAAGUUCAAAGCUCAUCUGACCAAGAAGUUUCGCUGGGACUUUGAUGCAGAUUUGGACGACUACGCCCCUGUGGUGGUGGAGCUGCCUGAAGGUGUUGCAGUGGACUGAGAGCGUAUUAUGGAUUCAGUGUACAUGCUGAAACCAUAAGCAGGCAACAGGACUGAAAUAGACUGACACUGAAGGACAGCACUGAUGCCUGGUAUUGAACCUCUGAUCCAAAGGUUCUCACAAGGCUUCAGGUAACUCAAAACAACCUUAAACAACGACCACUCUUCUUUUCAGUAACACCAGUAGUUCCCUGACAGUGUGUGUUGAAGGUGUUCCAUGUGGGCUGUACAACACCUUCUUAUAUAUCCACACACGUUUUACUCAGUUGUGAAGAAAGCAAACUGUCAUUAAUGGCAGAGCUGAACUAUACUAAAUAUUAUUGGUGCCCUCUGGUGGUGGAUUUUUUUCAGCUCAGCAAGUUACCAUGCCAGUCUUAAAACUCUAAUUACCAUUUUGUGUCAAAUUCAACAAUCUUUUUCCAUACCUCAUUUUAGUGAAAUAGUUUAUUAAUGACUUUGCUAUGAAUUAUAAAGAGUGUCAUACACAGUGCUGUUCUCUUCAUCAGUAAUGGAAAACAAUAAGUGUAACAAUAACUUCACCAGACCAUAUAACAAUUCUAAAUAAGCAGGAUUUUGUGAGAAGAGAACUAAAGCAUAGGAAUGUGACUGUAGUACUUUUAUACCUGUUGUAUUCAAAAUAAAUAAUGCUUACAAUAAAUAAUUUUGGUGGCACAAUGUUUAGAAAAAGGCAAUUGUGGUUUGUAAUGUUAAACACAUACUGUAGACCACUAUUGAGCAAUUCUCUUCAGCACUGUUGUGUGAUUUAUUGGAUCCGGAUUCCUUUGAAUAAAAAUACGUUUGAUACAAUUAA